ACAGCUGACGGAGAGAGAGAGAAAGAGAAAAAGAGAGAUACGGUGUGUAAGGAGUUGACCCAUUGCAGCCAUAUUGGCUCUGACCGAAGGCGGUAACACGCUGCGAGGAUUAUACUUUCGAAGGGAUUUACGAUGGAGAAUAAUAAAAACCGCUCUAUAUUCCCGUGCGCAUUAUCGUCUGAAUACGAGAUAGAAUUAUCGGACAAAUCACGUCGUGACGAGAUAGUCGAUAUGCUGAUAGAGAAUUUCCUGCACGACGAGACGCUUGUAAAAAGUAUGCGAGAUAUGUACGGUGUGAAAAAGCACGAGGGUGAUAAAUCGUCUCUAGAGGUUAGAACAACGGACUGUGAAGAAGAAGAAGAAAAAGAAGAAGAAGAAUGGUCGAAGGUCGAUAAGGACGAGCGAAUUUUGAUGGAAACCGUCGUCGACGCGGGAACUGUUUUAACGGCGGUUCACAAGCCGACGAACCGAAUAUCCGGGGCGAUAGUCGUCCUGGUUCACGAUCGAAAUCUUGUAGGAAAAAAUUCCGACGAUCGUUACGACGGCAAACUGCGAUCCAGGACGAUAAGUGAGUUCGCCAAUCUCAUGGGGAUCAUCGACAAAUCCUUGGAUCUCUUCGCCGCGCAUCCGGAAUGCCGGAUUUGGGCCGAAUUCGAACUCGUUGGAAUUCGGCGUGCCGAUCGGCGCCGCGGUCUUGGUUUCGAUCUUUGCGCAGCCGCCCUUAACCACGUGAUUAAAACGAUGCCGGAAGUCGAUCUAGUCGCGGGGAAAUACACGUCCAACUACAGCAAAAUCAUCGCAAGGAAAAUCGGCAAAAUAAACGUCGCCGAUUUUGACGUGACGCGGCUCGCCGAUCGAGAGGGUCAUCCAGUUUUUCAGGACACAAAACCGCAUAAUGUAGUUUCCCUAAUGACAAUUAAAUUGCGGUAAAUUUGCUAUAUUUUUUCUUUUUUUUUUUUUUUAACGAUUUUUUAUAACGAUUUUUUAUUCCAAUCUCAUAUUUUCGUUCUGACGCGUCGAGUUUGUUUCGAUCUUUAUCAAUAUUAUUCUCUCUUAUUUCGUUUUUCGAUUUUGAGAAAUUUUUCAAAACGCCGCAUUACGACAUGUACAGAUCAUAAGAUAGAGAAUUAUAACGAAUUAUAAGAGAAGACACAACGGAUUGUCUAGCAACGAUUGUAAUCUAUGGAUUUACAUAAAUGUGAAUCUUUCUAUUUCUUGAAAUUUUAUAUAUAUAUAUAUACAUAU